AUGGCAGUACCUCUCACCACUUUCUCUGGUCCAAGGACAGAAAUGAGCAUCCUGGAAACCAACCAGUACUUGCGCUCCCAGCUGGAAAAAAGCAAACAGGACUUUCGAGACCUCACAGAGAAAUUCCUCACGUCCCAAGCUACUGCUUACUCCCUGGCCAACCAGCUGCAGAAAUACAAAUGUGAAGAGUACAAAGACCUCAUUGAAUCCGUGCUGCACAAGGACAUGCCCUUUGAGGAGGGGGAGCUGGCAGAGAAGAUGAGACUGGCUGCAAGGCUUGGGAGAUAUGAUCCUCUAAUUCAGGCUCAGGCCCAAGAACUGACCCGCUUACGACAGAAGAUACAAGAAGGGACAGGUGUCUGUUAUCUUUUCAUGCAGCAUGCAAAGAACACAGUCAAGACUUUUGAGAGUCUCCUCAGGAGCACUGAUGUUACCUACUACCAAGGACAGAGAUUCUGUGAGCUACUGGCCCAAGGGAGCCAGCUGGCAGAGAGACUUGCCAGCAAACUCGCCCCCGGAAAUCAUCAUGAUAGGAAGGAUGAAGGUAGACAGGAGCCACUGGCACCCAGGCUCCGCAGGGGGAUCCAGGAGGAAGAAGUGAAUGAAGUCCUGGAGGACUCACUAGAUGAAAAGUAUCUGACUCAUUCCAGUCACCUUGACUCCCACCAUCCUCCCAGCAGCAAUGCCUUUGUGUGUGAUGUGCAGGAAGCCAGCUCUGCUGUGGAUGUAGCCAGUGAGUACUCCCAAUACAAACAGGAUAACCCCCAACAACCAGAAGACUGA